AAGAAACAUUCAGCCAGCCAAAGACACAGACACAAUAGAAACUGAAUUCCUGGUUGAUCUGGUUUCAAGCAGAUGCCGUGUGAAUGCCUUUUCCUCUCUCACUUACAAACAACAGUAUCCAUUCAUUCCUUUUAAAAGGACACAAUAUAUAGAAACUGAAUUCCGUUUUUUCAAGAGACUUCUUGAGCUUCUCAGUUAACUUCUGCAGUUUCCUAAACAUAUUUACCAAUAUAUAUCUCCGAUGGAUUUUGGCAUGGGAAGCACCUCUUCAUCUUUUCCAUCUUCUACCUUUGGAUACACAUACGAUGUCUUUCUCAGUUUUAGAGGCGAGGAUACCCGCAAUAAUUUUGCAGGCCAUCUAUAUACUGCUUUAAAUAAUAAAGGCAUACAUACCUUUAAAGACAAUGAAAAACUUCAACGAGGAACAACCAUUAAGUCUGAACUCUUGAAAGCAAUAGAAGAAUCCAGACUUGCUGUCGUAAUUCUGUCAAAAGAUUAUGCUUCAUCAAGCUGGUGCUUGAUUGAACUUGCAAAAAUUAUCAAGUGCAUGAAAAAGACAGGGCUGACAGUUUUGCCUGUUUUUCACGAAGUGGAUCCAAGUGAUGUGCGACAUUUGAAGGGGGUUUUUGAAGAAGCCUUUGCUGAACAUAGUGUUCGUUUUGAGGAUAAGAUAGAUGAAGUGAACAACUGGAGAGAUGCUUUGGUAAAAGUUGCCAAUAUUGCUGGAUGGGAUUUACGUGAUAGGAGCGAGUCACCAGUUAUUGAAGAGAUUGUCAGGAAGAUAUAUGGUCAGUUGAAUUCUAUAUACUCAAAUGUUCACGAGGAUUGUGUUGGACUGGACUCUCGUGUGGCAGAAAUAAAAAAUUCAUAUUUAGGCAUUGGGUUGGAAGAUGUACGUUUUAUAGGAAUUUGGGGAAUGGGUGGAAUGGGUAAAACAACCCUAGCACGAGUCCUUCAUCAAAGGAUUCAUUAUCAUUUUGAUGCCAGUAGCUUUAUUGACAAUGUUAGAGAAGAAAGUUGUAAAAAUGGUCUAAUUUCUCUACAAAAACAACUUCUUGAUGAUAUCUUGAUUGAAAGCAAUAUUCGAAUACGGGACAUUCAAUGGGGAAUCAAUAUGAUAAAGGAUAGAUUACGUAAGAAAAAGGUUCUUAUCAUUCUUGAUGAUGUGGAUCAACCUGAACAAUUAGAAGCAUUAGCAAGAAAGAGAAAUUGGUUUUGUCCAGGGAGUAGAAUCAUUAUAACAACCAGAGAUCAACGUCUAUUGAUCACACAUGAUAUGACUGAAGCUGAAAUAUAUGAGGUUAAUAAACUGAAUGAUGUUGAAGCUCUAAAACUCUUUAGUAGGGAAGUCUUCAAGAAGGACUACCCUCCAGAAGAUUUCAAGGAGCUAUCCGCAAAUGUUAUUCAUUAUGCUAGUGGACUUCCUUUAGCUCUCAAAGUUUUGGGUGCUAGCUUGAUGCAAAGAGAACUAGUUGUUUGGAAACAUAUCCUAGCUAAGCUGAAAGAAGAUCCUCCAGAAAAAUUGAUGAAUGCUUUUGCAAUCAGUUAUAAUGGCUUAGAUUCCAAAGAGAAAAACUUGUUUUUAGAUAUUGCUUGUUUCUUCAAAGGGGAGAACAAAGGUUGGGUAGCAAGUAUACUACAAAUAAGCAUAGAAAUAGAUAGUCUUAAGGAAAAAUCUUUCAUAAACAUCUCACGUUUUGGAACGUUGUGGAUGCAUGAUACACUACAAGAUUUUGGUAGGGAAAUUGUUCGCCAUGAAUCCCUUUAUGAGCUUGGUCAACAAAGUAGGUUGUGGCUUAGUAAUGAUAUCUUUCAUGUAUUGAAACAUAAUAUAGGAACACAAAAAGUUAAAGGCAUAUUCGUUAGCUCACCUUUUUUAGAAGAAAAGGAACAAUUGAAGGCUGAAGUCUUCUCAAAGAUGAUAAACUUAAGAUUGCUUCGAAUCAAUCAUGUCCACCUUCCCUGAGG